AUGGCUUGUCUAUGCAGACGUGAUCCAGAUAUGGAGGUUAUUUUAGAUUCGCAAUUUGAUUUUAGCCCUCAGGUUACAAAGGUUGUCCAAUCUUGUUUUUAUCAGAUUCGUAAUAUAGCCAAGAUCAAACAUUUUAUUUCCCAGUCUGACCUGGAAAAGGUGAUACACGCACUAGUUUCCACCCGGUUGGACUAUUGUAAUGCACUAUACGCAGGUUUAGGUCUGAAGUUGCUCAGUCGUCUCCAGCUGGUCCAAAACUCUGCAGCAAGACUUUUAACAGGCACUAAAAAACAUGAACACAUCACCCCUAUCUUAGCUUCCCUACACUGGUUACCGGUCAAUUUUAGAAUUGAUUUUAAAAUCUUAUUAAUUACUUUUAAAGCCCUCCAUGGUGUAGCCCCCACCUAUAUUUGUGACAUGCUCUCCCCCUAUGUCCCGGGUCGGUGCCUGCACUCCUCAGGUCAGAGCCUCCUGACUGUGCCCCCCUCCCGUCUCCUCACUAGAGGAGACCGAGCCUUCUCAGUCAGAGCUCCUAAACUUUGGAACUCUCUGCCUGAGGAGCUCAGGGCAGCCAACACUGUAAGCACUUUUAAAGCUAAAUUAAAAACUUACCUUUAUAGAAUGGCUUUCUUAUUGUGAAUUUGUUUUUAUUAAU